CAUGCGCGUGACCACCGUGAACCCGGAAGUUCUCUCCUGGAAUCAGCUGCGCAGCAGCAGCAGCAGCCAAAACACCGGAUCGAGUUUAUUCAGGGAUAAAGCACAAAAACAUGCAGCUUCACUUCGCCAAGGACGUGUUACCGGACUCUGUCGGUACCGACUUCCAGAAUCUGAACAAAUUUAACGAGCAGUGUGUGUGUGUGUGUGUGUGUGUGUGUGUGUGUGUGUGUGUGUGUGCGCCUCAGACGGACAGAUUCAUGCAGCAGCUGACAGAAUUUGCAGGGGAACAUGGGUUGAGCGCCGGUCCGCUGAGGAACCUGAUGAAGAGCGUCCUGCUGGUCCCUCAGGGGGCUCUGAAGAAAAACCUGACGACCGAGCAAGUCAAGGAGGAUCUKCUCACAUUAGGGCUAAACGAGGAGAAAGCUGCUCACUUUUCUUCACAGUGGGGGCAGCAUUAUGCUGCGCUGUCCAGGCUGGCGGUGGGACAGACGCUGAUGGUCAACCAGCUGGUCGACAUGGAGUGGAAGUUUGGAGUGACUGUCGGCACCAGUGAGAUUCAGAAAGUGGGAAACAUUUUUCUGCAGCUGAAGCUGGUGGUGAGGAAGGGAAACUCGACUGAGAAUGUUUUCAUGGAACUGACACUUCCUCAGUUUUACAACUUCCUGCAUGAGAUGGAGAGAGCGAAGGCCAGUUCGGCGGCUCGGUUCGGGUCCCAGCCAGACCUCUUAACCGACGCCCACACUCUCUCCCUCCAGCUGACUGGCGCCAUGGCAACCAGCAGAGCCAUCCGGCCCGGCGGAGGGAACAAUGAGGCGCAGCGGGACGCUAACAGGUGUCCGCCAUCAGCUGGAGGAGGAGGACGGCCGAACCGGACCGAACAUGCGACCCGCUCGGCUCCACUAGCAGAGUCUUCCUCACGGGAGGAAGAGUGGGAGGCGCUGGCUGGCAUCCCCCACGGGACCGGGCCGAGCGAACAGGUGUGUCCCGGUACCAGCCUCCCGAACCGAGCCGGGGAGUUUCACCGCAGCUGGUGCGUAAAUACCAGAGAAGAGGAGGAAGAGGAGGGUCCAAAUUGA